GUCAUUUUCCAUAGAUUCUGAAAAAUUGAAACUCCAGCCAUGAGUACCUUAACGCCUGAACAACGGCAGCGUAUGGAGGAGAACCGGAAGAAGGCCCUUCAGAAGCUAGCACUUUUAAAGGCUUCUGGAGGAAAUCCCAGCAACAAAACCAGUAGUAAUACGCCAAGUGUUUUUAAGUCCUCCAGCAGCUUUGUAAAUCCUUUGUCUGAAAAGAAUAGUAGUUCAUCAUCCAGCAGUUACAAUAGACCUCCUGAAUCUGGUAGCUUCCAAUCUUUUCAUAGUGAGGUAACAUCUCAGUUUUCAUGUAAUGGUGGUGCAUCUUCAGUGAGCAGUGAUUCUAAAUCUUCCACGAAGUUUAUAGGCCUUGAAGCUGCACAAAGAAUGGCUGAGAACAGACAAAAAGCUCUUGAAAAACGUGCAACCUCAAACACUAUCAGUGGUAAUAGUGCAACCAAUUUGAAUAAUAAUGCUAAAGUAAGUGGGAGCUCAGUAACAAACUUUUACAAGGAUUCCAGUGAAACUAAUAAAAACCAAUCUGCUCUUUCUGGAAAAACUCCAAGCAAUUUCAGUAGUGGUUUAUCUGGCAAUUAUAAUACAACUUACAACAAAACUGUCAGCGAUACAGCAAAGCCAAGUUUCUCAGGCUAUAAUAAAGUCUAUCAGAGUGGGUCUAAAGGACAGUCUUCUUUCAGUAUAGGUGAAGGUCCAAUGUCCAAUGAGGAGAAGAUGAUUAAUAGCACAUUGAAUGAAUUUGAUGAUGCACCAAAACCUGUGUUUAGUGGCAAAGCCAUAACUGGAACUUUCCGGCUUUUAUCUCGAGAGAGAUUUGUUGCUGAGGUUGGGUACCAUAAACAGAUGAUAGAAAUUUUUAAAACUAUACCAAGUAGAAAGUAUGAUGUGGAAACAAAAAAAUGGAAUUUUGCACUUAGUGACCAUGAUGCACUGUCAGAAGCCCUGAAGCCUCUGAGGCCAGCUGUGUGUGUUGGUCCUUUACCUCAUUUUGUUCGAAAGACAUUAGAAACUGCUGCCAAGCAGAUGCCUGCUUCUUGUGUGGAUUUGUUUGGCCUAGACCCUAAAUUACUCGAUUCUCUGAUGCCUUUUCAGCAGGAAGGUGUUUGUUUUGGCAUAAACCAUGGUGGCCGUGUGAUGAUUGCCGAUGAUAUGGGUCUAGGAAAGACAAUUCAGGCAUUGGGUAUUGCUGCGUACUACAGGAGGGAAUGGCCCUUGCUCAUUGUCGCACCUUCCUCUGUCAGGUAUUCUUGGGUAAGCUCGAUUGAACGAUGGAUAUCUACGGUAGAGAGGUACAACAUUACUGUCCUCAAUACAGGUAAAGAUCAUAUAGAUGAUGCCCAGGUGGUCAUCACCAGUUACGACCUUCUGUCUCGUAGGAAACAGGAAUUACUUGAUCGUAAUUUCCAAGUUGUUGUCAUGGAUGAAUCUCAUAUGUUGAAGAGCUUCAAGACAGCGAGAUACAAAGCUGCUGCUCCUAUAAUGAAACAGUGUAAACGUCUCAUUUUGUUGAGUGGUACACCAGCACUUUCUAGGCCAUCAGAACUUUACACUCAGAUUAAUGGCAUAGACCCAAGCAUUUUUCCCCGGUUUCAAGACUUUGGCAUUCGUUAUUGUAAUGGAAAACAGCUGCCUUGGGGUUGGGAUUUCAAUGGCUCAAGCAAUAUGGAAGAAUUGCAGAUUAUUUUGCAAGCCAGGCUUAUGAUCCGCAGACUCAAAUCAGAAGUUUUAAGUCAGCUUCCUUCCAAACAAAGGAUGAUGGUAAUGUUGGACCCAAGCUUGAUCAAAACCAACAGCAGAGCCAUGGAAGAAGCUGCAAAGAAUUUAGGCCUGAAACUUAAGGGUGUUGAAAAGCAUGGUGCCUUACUUGAGUUUUUUUCUCAGUCAGCUAUUGCCAAGUUGAAAGCUGUGAGUGAAUAUGUCAAGGAACUACUUGAAGGAGAAAGUAAGUUUAUUGUCUUUGCCCACCAUCGGCCCAUGAUGGACAAGCUUUGUGAAACAUGUGAAGGUGUUGGUGUGCAAUAUAUACGAAUUGAUGGUAGAACAAGUGGUGAUGCAAGACAACAACUCGUAAAUAAGUUUCAAACCAAUGACAAUGUUAAGGUUGCAGUUCUUUCCAUCACAGCUGCAAAUGCUGGAAUUACAUUAACAGCAGCACAACUGGUAGUCUUUGCUGAGGUGUUUUGGAAUCCUGGGAUUUUAGUGCAAGCAGAGGAUCGCGCUCAUAGAAUUGGUCAACAAGAUUCGGUGACUGUACAGUACUUGGUGGCAAAAGGGACGGUGGAUGACCACAUUUGGCCACUAGUCCAGUCAAAGUUAGAAGUACUUAGCAAAGCUGGUUUAAGCAAGGAUUCCUGUUUGUCAGGGGAAGCUACAUAUCAGAAGGAUAAAGAGCAAGGAAGCUUGGAACGUUACCUGGUUGAAAUGAUAAAUGAUGAAGAAAUUCCAAGUGAAAUAUUAGAAAAUGAAAGUCAACCUUCAGACAGAAAAGAGAAGAAAGGAGGUAUUCUUCAGUAUUUGUCAAAGCAAGAAGAAGGUAACAACAAGAACAAUGAACCCCAAGUAAAAAAAGCUAAGUUCAGCUAAUGUUUUUGCUUUAAAUUGUUUUCCCCUCUUGAUUAAUUCUGUUUUUCAUUCCUCAUUACCCUUUAUUAUUAAUGAGUAUUAAUAAAACCACAAAGCUUUAUGAAACAUAACUAUGUGGAUACUUGAAUACUUUUUGAGCAUUAGAAAGAUUUUGUGAACUGAAGGGUCCAAGUUAUUAGUAAAAUUUUUUUAAUUCAUACGCAAGGAUACUAAAGAUUUUUCAUUAACUGAUAAAGCUCAAGCUGUUGUUUCUCAGUACAAACUUAGUAUUGAGUUGCACACUAGUGAUAAAAGUUUAGAUCAAAUAAACACUUUAAAAACAAUUCAGAAUAAAAAAAAUUGCUUGAGCUCCUCUACACUGUAAUGUAUGUGAACAUGUCAGCUGCUGCAAGGCUCCACAGUAAAUUUUUAUACAAACCUUGGCCAAUUCCUUCUGUGAUAAAGUAUUUGUGGUUGCCCAGGUUACAUGUAUAUGGUGCACUUAUUCAUGUACCACUCAUUUAUGUUGUACUGUGCACCUGUUUGUUAAUUGCCAGAAAAUUUUUAGCAAAUAAAUGUUUCUACACCUGUUAUCUGUAAACUCAUGAUGAUGGAGCAAAAAGAAGGAAAACAAGAAAUGAGAAAUAAAUUUUUUUAAAGAAUCUACAAAAGUACAACAUACUAUAUUGAAAUUAAAAGCAAGUAGGUAAGUCAUGAAAACAUGUGGACUAAGAAAACUUAAAAUCCGGGAUACUGAUAGGCUACAAUUACUCAAAUGGUAAGAAUAUUGAUAUUUACUACAGUUCUUUCUUCAUCCAUUAAAGUACCAAUUUAUAACAAGAAAAGGGUACAGUGGUUGGUGGCAGGCAUGGACAUGCUAUCACUCCAGAUAACCUGAAAUUCCAGAAAAGAGAUUAUACUUAGUACAUAUAAGUAAUAAAAUAUAUUGUACAGGCAAAUCCAUGCAAAUUAUUAUACGUAUUCACAAAUAAUUACCAUCUUGCUAAAACAGCUCUCUACACAAUCUCGGUCAUUCUAUCACACACAACAUCCAGUUAACUAAGUAUGUCUGCAUACUCAUGUAGUGGGAUGUUUGACUGUUAAAGUUAGGCUUUUAUACAUAAUGGUAUACAGUACAUCAAUAUAUAUCUACUUUAAAUGACAACUAGUGACUCAUUUAUAUGCUAAAACUUGUCCUAAGUAGCCAAGUUAGUAUUCCAUUAUGAAAUAUUAGCAAUGUACAAAACCGAGCAGAUUAUUCCUAAAGUCAUACUAAUUAGUAUAGUAGACCAACUCAGUUGCAAUUUUGUCUAGUGAAAUAUUACUGAAACAUGUGGUCUACAACAAAUGAGCUAGUGAAAUAAAUAAGUACAAGAUACCUAUCCUGCAUGUUUUUAAUCUUGAAAAUUUGGUUGAGCACUCUUUACAGUGAAAUAUAUGUAAUGUUUUGAAAAUAUGUUCGGUUGCAAUCACAUUUGUGCCUGUGUAUAUUCUUGCCUAUGUAGGCAUGGUGCCUUGUGAGGGAAGGAUAUUGGUGUAGCUUCCACACUGUAUAUAGAGUAAAGUUAAAACAUGUAAUUAUUUAGGGUUACUGGUCUGAAUAUAUUUUACCAUGUUUAAAAUAUACUUUGCAUUUUUUUCCUUCAUAUGUGUGGCAAACUUCUCUUUUUUUACAUUUACAACACUGAAAGAUUCUUCCAGUAUUUGAGGGAAAAUGUGAAAAGAGGAUUGUAAUGCAAAAGGAAUCUGUGAAUAAUUGCAAAAAUUUACUUUUAUUGUUUAAUCUGUCAAAUGUUUUUUGUCAAUUAAAAGUGCUGUACUUUUUUACAAAAUAAAAAAUAUCUUUA